AUGCCUCCUCGCAAGAGGUCUUCUGACGGCGAUUCAGGAAAGGUGUUAUCGUGCCAAAGAUGUCGCAUACGAAAAGUGAAGUGUGACUUGAAGAUACCUUGUACUAAUUGCAAAAGAUUGGGUGUAGAAUGUGAACGGACUUCCUCCGACAUGAGAAAGAAACGUCCUCCAGCAUCUUAUGUGGUUUCUUUGGAAAGACAGGUGCGACUUUUCACCGGCUUCUUUGAGAAAUUCAAGUCUAUGGACCCAGAAAGCAGAAAAGCUUUUCUUGAGUCCAAUUCGUUAGAAGAGUUCUUGAACGAAACAACAGAGCAAGCAGGAAUGACACCUUCUCCAACACAAAAUGGUGCUGAAGCAGCAGAUAACAUCGACGAUCCAGUACCCACGCGAUCUGUUUAUGGUCCUAUGUCGGUUUACGAUAGCGAUAUUGCUUCGAGACAUCAAAGACUGGUGAAAAAACGAGAAACGGCGAUGAUCAAUGCACUUAAUAAAGAUCCCGAUAUCAUUCAUUGCUUGAAAUUGUUCUUCACGUGGCAGUAUCCCGACCAUAAUAUGUUCGUUUUUCGAGAAGCGUUCUUGAUAGAUUUCUUUAACCCGAAACCUGCUAGUCUCUACUGUUCUCGAGUACUUGUGCUCAGUAUAUGCUCUUUGGGAGCACGAAUGUCUGAUAACGAGCUGGUAUUCAAGAAAUCAAGAAAGUACUACCAGGAGGCUCGUGACAUACUUCUUGCGCAACUCGAACAACCUUCCAUAACUUCUUUGCAGAGCUUCUUGCUUCUAGCUUUUUACGAUAUUUGCAACGGUUCCAACGCUUCAGGGUGGAUGCUCUCAGGAAAUGCUAUACGGAUGGGGUUUGAUUUGGGAUUCCAAUUGAACCCAGAAGUGUGGUUUGUACGUUCACAGAGCGAUUUGAGUCCUCUAGAUGUGGCUAUUCGAAGCAGAAUAUAUUGGGGCUGCUAUAUGGCUGACCAUUUUAUUAGCUUGGUACUUGGACGUCCGUCCUUGCUUAAAAUAUCUGACGCAACCAUACCGGAAACAGACCACCUUCCAGACUUGGAGUGGAUUGAUGAUUACAUGUAUAGAGGUCCCAAUGACGAGGGAAAGCCUCGCAAGGAAAUGUCAAAGAUUUCUGGAACCUUACGAAAUAUCACCUCGCUCACGACAAUCUCAGAGAACAUGCUUAAUGAUAUCUUCACGAGAACGGAAAAUGAUCCAGACCUUAGUAAUAACGAAGAUUUGAAUCUUGCGUCUAGGUUGGACAAAUUGUCAGAAUAUAACUAUCAGAUCAAAGACUGGAAAAGGAAGCUACCAAGUGACUUGCAAUGGGACCGUCGCUCGCUUGAAGCAACGGGAGAAGACCCAACUUUGCUGACAAUACGAUACUAUUACUACAUUUUGGUUCUAUGCCUCAAUCGUCCUUUUGUGGGUAUAGAUGUGGCUAUGAUCGAGGAACAUCAUUUGGCUCCUGCCGUGGUAUGCAUGGAGGCUAUAGAAGAUUUAUACGCUGCUAUUCGGCGAUUUAAACAGAUCCAUGGAACUCGACGUAUGUCGAUUUUUAUCGUUUACUGCUGCAUUCUCUCUAUUUCAGCACUUUUAUUGAUCAAUAGAGACAAGCACAUUGUCCCAAAGAAGAGAGAAUUAUUGCACUUUUUCAUGGAUAUUCUUCAAGAUUGUUCAAAAACAUGGAAAUUGGCAGAAAAAUCUUACAAGUUGAUCAGGUUAAAGCUUGGUUACGACGAUGAUUCCAAUCCCUCAACAAACAGCCACGAAAGUAUUUCUAUUCCCAAAGUACCACUGCAUAAAAAUUUGACAUCGGUCGACCUGUCAGCUCAACCUUCUCCAGCUGUACAGAUAACCGACCUCGGUGGUAUCAAGACUGAAGACCCUUCGAGCAUUUUGUCUUCGACAUCGGUGGAGUCUUACAAUUCUGAGAACCAGCAGCUACCAAUUAACUAUAAUGAAGACCUAGGCUUUUUUGGUGGACCUCCAGUUCUUAUGACAUCUGAUCUAUUCAACGAAGAUUGGGAGUCUCUCUUCCCAAACGAUAUUUAUAGCAAAGAGAUUUAA